AUGUUUCAGGGGAUUAAAUUUUUUAUUUUUCUGCAUCUCCAGGAUGGCUUCGUGCAGAACGUCCACAUCCCCAUAGUCCGGGUCGAUCCAGAGAACCGCUGCGCCGUCAUGCUGGUUUACGGCACCAAGCUGGUGGUGCUGCCGUUCAGGAAGGACACGCUAACCGAUGAGCAGGAAGGCGGAGUCGGGGAAGGACCCAAGUCCAGCUUCCUGCCCAGUUACAUCAUCGACGUCCGCGAGUUAGACGAGAAGCUGCUGAACAUCGUCGACAUGAAGUUCCUUCACGGUUACUACGAGCCUACGCUGCUGAUUCUCUAUGAGCCCAACCAGACGUGGCCGGGGUGA